GUGCGGACCAUGUCUGAGGAUUGCCCCAGCAUUCAGUUCUAUGAGUAAUAAAUAUCCACAGGCUGUUUUCUUGGAAGUCGAUGUACAUCAGUGUCAGGGAACAGCUGCCACCAACAAUAUAUCAGCCACACCUACGUUUUUGUUUUUUCGAAACAAAGUGAGAAUUGAUCAAUAUCAAGGAGCAGAUGCUGUGGGAUUAGAAGAAAAAAUCAAGCAGCACUUAGAAAAUGACCCUGGAAGCAAUGAGGACACAGAUAUUCCAAAAGGCUAUAUGGAUUUAAUGCCUUUCAUUAACAAGGCUGGUUGUGAGUGUCUUAAUGAAAGUGAUGAGCAUGGAUUUGACAACUGUUUACGAAAAGACAUGACCUUUUUGGAAUCUGACUGUGAUGAACAGCUACUUAUUACUGUUGCGUUCAAUCAACCUGUUAAGCUUUAUUCCAUGAAAUUUCAAGGGCCAGAUAAUGGUCAGGGUCCUAAAUAUGUAAAAAUUUUUAUCAACCUGCCCCGAUCUAUGGAUUUUGAAGAGGCAGAAAGAAGUGAACCUACUCAAGCUCUGGAACUGACAGAGGAUGAUAUUAAAGAAGAUGGCAUCGUUCCACUUCGUUAUGUUAAGUUUCAGAAUGUUAACAGUGUAACUAUAUUUGUUCAGUCCAAUCAAGGUGAAGAAGAAACAACAAGAAUUUCAUAUUUUACUUUUAUUGGUACUCCAGUCCAAGCAACAAAUAUGAAUGACUUCAAACGAGUAGUUGGCAAAAAAGGAGAAAGCCACUAAGGUUAAAAGACACUGGAAGACCUUGUUGCAAUCAGAUCUUCAGCUCCUGGAUAAUUGCUUGAUUCUCACCAGAGACUGUCGAUGUUUCAUUCAUUGCCAUUACCAAUAAAUCAUUGCUUUUGUUCAGAUGGUAUCACUAGUGUUUCUAUUGUAAUCGUGAUACAUGCAAUUGUAAAUAAAAUCACUACUUUUGCCAAGCUUAAUUUUUGUCAUUCUAAAUAAGUAUUUUCUCUUUCCAUUUAUUUGAAAAUUGGCCAGCUUCAGAUUUUAGAGGAGAAUUAAGUGUCUGGUAGCAUACUGAUUGAAAACCAGUUUCUCUCUAAUUUUAGAAGAGCCAAAACUGUUUUAGGGAAUUAAGGAGUGCAUGUAUACACAGAGCAAGUGAUUUUGACAAUAGACUUGGAACAGCUAGUGUACAAGUGAGUACUGACUCACAUUUUUAUUAAAGGACACUUGGAUAUCUGAGCUGUAAACUACCAGAAGUAACUCUUACAUGAAAUUUAGUUAAUAGGUCCACAGAAUCUGAUACCAAGUUUUUAAUUUCUUCUGGAUAAGCUUUAAUCUUGGAGUCAGCCAUUUUCUUUAUGAACAGAGAAAUAUAGAAAGCAGACAGUUGGGGAAAAUACAGCACAAUGAAUUCAGCAGGUAAUAGAGAUAUUAUAUGUAUCUCAAGUGUUUAUUAUCUGAGCUACCAAAACAUUCAGUGCAGAUAUACAGAGAACAUGAUUGAAGGCUGAAAAUGAGUAGGCCAAAUGUCUGUGUUUAAAAUGUCUUUUGUAAAUGGCUGGCAAAACAAAACAUCUGUUCUUUAUUAUGUUUUUAAUCUUAAAAUUGUAAUGUAGAAAGUAUUGGUAGAUUUAAUUUUAAGAUUUCUGAGUAUUUUUAAAAUUCAGUGUUUUAAAAAAGUACCUAAGACUAAAAUCGUGAUAAUACAUUCGAGGGCAUUCUUGUUUAGAAAUAUGGUAGAGAUACCAUCUGCCUUUGGAAGACCAAUGUAUUUACACAUGUUUAUGAAAAAGUUAUGCAGACGUUUUAGUGUUGAAAUAGUCACUUUCUGAAAUGUAAGUGUCAUUAGAUAGUGUUUGUCUAGUUCACUUGUAUGUGAGCACAUUAACUGGUCUGUGAUGAUGUCUCCAUCUUGUGUUUGACAGUUGUGUUGCCUUAGGUUAAGUGGAGGCAAAAGGGCAAGAAAUAAAGUUUAUAACACUCCUUA